AGGGGUACCACUGGCCAAUUCCUUUGGACAGCAAACAUAUUUUUGCGAAAAUAAAAGUGAAAAAUAUUUACCUUUCUGGGUCAGUAGUAGACUCAUUCUUAAUGGUGGUCAACUGAUCAGUUGUUAAGGGCAACCUGCAGGCCAGCCACUAGUCAUCGGAGUUGUGGGUUAUCAGUGUAUAACUAUGACUUCAGCUGUUCUCCAUUCCGCUAGAUUGGUUAGAGGACUGCAGAACCUGUCCAAAAGAACGUACUCCAAUGCUGUCUUUCCAAAAAUCACUACUCACUACACGAUAGUUCCUAGAGAGACGGAUCCACGAUGGAAAGACAUAGAGAUGGAGAGGGCAGUGGACGAGACCGACAUUCUCAUAGUCGGGGGAGGUCCAGCAGGAAUGUCAGCAGCAAUUCAAGCCAAGAAAUUGGCUGAGAAAAUUGGAAAAGACAUUCGUGUAACUCUAGUAGAAAAAGCGUCAGAAGUGGGCGGUCAUAUUCUGAGUGGUGCUUGCAUCGAUCCAGUGGCCCUUAACGAACUCAUUCCAAAUUGGGAGGAAUUGGGUGCACCACUGAAGACCCCAGUAACCGAGGAUAAGUUCGCUCUUCUCACUGAGAAAGGGAGAAUUCCAAUUCCAAUAUUCAAGGGAAUGCCAAUGUACAAUCAUGGCAACUACAUUGUGAGAUUGGGGCAUGUUGUUGGAUGGUUGGGAGAGCAGGCUGAGGCUGCUGGAGUGGAUAUUUACUGUGGUAUUGCAGCUUCGGAAAUUCUGUAUCAUGAAGAUGGCUCGGUCAAGGGGAUUGCUACUAAUGAUGUGGGUAUCGCCAAGGAUGGCUCACCGAAAAGUAGUUUUGAGAGGGGAAUGGAGUUACAUGCUAAGUGCACGAUAUUCGCUGAGGGCUGUCAUGGACAUCUGACGAAACAAUUGACCAAUAAAUUGAAUCUUCGAGCUAAUUGUGAACCCCAGAGUUAUGGAAUUGGACUGAAAGAGAUCUGGGAGAUUCAACCGGACAAACACCGGCCGGGUGCAGUAGAGCACACAAUUGGCUGGCCACUGGAUAAAAACACCUACGGAGGUUCCUUUUUAUAUCAUCUAAACGAGGAAACCCCAUUAGUGGCAGUGGGUUUUGUCGUCGGUCUUGAUUACUGGAAUCCGUACUUGCACCCCUUCAAGGAGUUCCAGAGGUUUAAGCAGCAUCCUGCCAUCAGACCGACGUUCGCGGGAGGAAAAAGAGUGGCUUAUGGUGCUAGAGCACUUGUAGAAGGUGGAUUCCAGAGUCUCCCAAAACUGCAGUUCCCUGGAGGAUGUCUUGUGGGUUGUACAGCUGGAUUUCUGAACGUUCCCAAGAUCAAGGGAGUCCACAAUGCCAUGAAGAGUGGGAUGUUGGCUGCUGAGAGUGCAAUGGAGGCGAUUGUCGAUGCUGAGACGAAUUCUCCUGCGACAGCUGGACUCGAGCCCAAAAAUUAUACGGAUAAAAUUAAAGAUAGUUGGAUAUGGAAGGAGCUGUAUGCAGUCAGGAACUUCAGGCCUAGUUUUCACAGCAAGCUGGGAAUGUAUGGGGGCCUUAUGUACUCCGGGUUUUCCAUGGUCGUUGGGGGCAAGGAACCUUGGACAUUAUCUCAUGGAGGAGCUGAUCACACCAAAUUGAAGCCAGCCUCUCAUUGCACUCCUAUAGACUACCCAAAACCUGACAACGAAGUGUCUUUUGAUCUUCUCUCCUCUGUAGCAUUAACUGGAACGAAUCACGAAGGUGAUCAGCCACCUCACCUCACCCUGAAGAACGAUACGAUACCAGUGAAGCAGAAUUUGGCCAUUUACGAUGGCCCCGAGGGUAGAUUCUGUCCUGCUGGCGUUUACGAGUUUGUACCCUUGGAGACGGGGGAAGGACAGCGGCUACAGGUCAACGCCCAAAAUUGUAUCCACUGCAAGACGUGUGACAUCAAGGACCCCAGCCAGAACAUCAACUGGGUGGUGCCAGAGGGUGGUGGUGGGCCUGCUUACAAUGGCAUGUAAGAUGGGACGAUUAAUGACGCUUCGAUUUAACCAUCGCAUGAUCAAGUACAAGUCUUCCAUCCGUAAAAACGUGAAAAUCAGAAUUCAUUAGUGGAGUGAUGGAGCGUAAAUAAAUGAAUAAUUAUUGGGAAGUCUGAUGAAUGGGUAAUCAUCACGAUAAUUGAUACUCCAGGGAAAGCGCGUCUAAAUUAUUACGUUUUAUCACAGCACGAGAGAAUUCGUCUUAUUCAAUCUGAACGUACUAAAUAUUUUUAUAUUAGUCUUUUUUUUAUAUUAAUGUAACUUAAGUUAAUCCUAAUGAUUGUUAGGAAUUUCUGCAAGCCAAUCAAUGCAAGACUGUAGAAAAAACAAUAGGGUUUAUUCGUUGAAUGAAUUAUCCCAUGUUCGAGACUAUGCACAAGUGCCUUUAAAGUCUUAUCUAUGUGUAAAUAUAUUCAUUAAAAAGUAAAUUGGUGGAUCUAUUUGAAGGUCAGGUUAAUAUUUCGUGGGAUGAUUAAUGUGAAGGCAGGCAGGUAUUUUUAUGAAGAAUUAGUUGGAUCUCCUUUUAUAUCAUGUUGAAUCUGUUUUAAAUUGUUUAUUGAAACUGUAAGUCUAUAUUUGAUAUACUCGAAUAAAGAAUUUAUCACAAUUUUUGAAACA